UGCUGGAUUCUAAGGGACUGAUCACAGACUUGGUGGAAUACAGCAGAGUCCUAGCUGGCCCUAAAGAAAAGGGACAUGGUCUCAGGGAGAAAAUGAGAAAGGAGGUACAUUAGGGCUCAGGGAACAGGGCACCAAGAUGGACAUAGCCUCACUCGCCAUUCUUCCCCAGUCAUUCCUCGUUAGUUUAAGGUUCUGAAUCCAGGGGCUGUGGAAGCUGGGCCAGGCAGACCAGGGCACAAGGAGAGGGUGAUGGGAGGAGGGCUCAUGCAUGUUGACAGACCUACAGGAAAUCCCAAUAUUGAAUCAGGUGCAGGCCUCUUUGCACAACUUGUGAAAGAAGGAGGAAGCCAUGUGGGGGGUCCUGUGAAGGAACAGGAAGGGGUCUGAAGAGGGGGCAGGGAGGAAGGUGUGGGCUACCAGACAGAUAUGGUGGGUGUCUAAAGCAAAGUAUGCCAUGGAAGGCGGGCAUCACCUCACUCAGCGGGUGCCCAACCCUGGACUACUUGCCUCAGGAAGGAAGUUCCCAAGACUGUUAGUGUAUCUCUUCACCUUGGAAAACCCAGUAUUUCAGAAUUUGGAAUGCAAAGAAAAAGAGGCUUUGUGUGUAAGGGGUAAAUUGGGAAGAAUGAGAGGUUAACUCCUCCCACACCACCUUCUCUUAAUCUUUUAAUCACCAACCUCUAGUAACCCAGUUUUUAAAAAUUUUUGCCUAAUUUUACUUCUCAACCCCAUUUCCAAGCUAGCUACUUCUCAGUACAGUGCAUGUUUCCUAGUUCCUCAUCUCGGCCCCAUACUCACUUUCCCCUCUUCUCAGGCUCGUGCCACAGUGCUUCCAUUCUCUAUCCCCAUCCCAGAUUUCCUCCAACCAAACAACCAAGGUUGCUCAGAAUUUGAGGCCAAUUAAAAUGUGUGUGUGUACAUAUCCUGUCCUGCUGCUUUCGGCAGGGGGCAGGGGCACCAAACCCAUAUCAGAUUCACUGAGGAACUCUUGAUAAAGAGGAGACACUACAUGCUACGUCACAAGAAAGCAUGGGAGCAGUCAGAGCUUUAGCAGUUCUAGGCUGGAUAGAUUCCAGACCCUCUCCCUUGGCCUACCUGCGCCGUGCCCCACCCCACUCUUCCCAGAAGUGCAAGAGCCCAAGCCGCCUCCAUGGCCCCAGGAAGGAUUCAGGGGAGAGGCCCCAUACAGGGUGCCACUUCAACCAGACAGCCUGGCCAGAAUGGAGCUGACUGAAUUGCUCCUCGUGGUCAUGCUUCUCCUAAGUGCAAGACUAACUCGGUCCAGCCUGGCUCCUCCUGCCUGUGACCCCCGACUCCUAAAUAAACUGCUUCGUGACUCCCAAUUCCUUCAAAGCAGACUGAGCCAGUGCCCAGACGUUAACCCUUUGUCCACACCUGUCCUGCUGCCAGCUGUGGACUUUAGCUUGGGAGAAUGGAAAACCCAGACGGAGCAGACCAAGGCACAGGAUGUUCUGGGAGCGACAACCCUUCUGCUGGAGGGAGUGAUGGCAGCACGGGGACAACUGGGGCCCACUUGCCUCUCAUCCCUACUGGGACAGCUUUCUGGACAGGUCCGCCUCCUCCUUGGGGCCCUGCAGGGCCUCCUUGGAACCCAGCUUCCUCCACAGGGCAGGACCACAGCUCACAAAGAUCCCGAUGCCAUUUUCCUGAGCUUCCAACAACUGCUCCGAGGAAAGGUGCGUUUCCUGCUUCACGUAGUCGGGCCCACCCUCUGUGCCAAGCGGGCCCUCCCUACCACAGCUCUCCCAAGCAGUACCUCUCUAUUCUUCACACUGAACAAGUUCCCAAACAGGACUUCUGGAUUGUUGGAGACAAACUCCAGUGUCUCAGCCAGAACUACUGGCUCUGGACUUCUGAAGAGGCUACAGGGACUCAGAGCCAAGAUUCCUGGUCUGCUGAACCAAACUUCCAGGUCCCUAGACCAAGUACCUGGACAUCUGAACAGGACACACACACCCUUAAAUGGAACUCAUGGACUCUUCCCUGGACCCUCACCCAGGGCGCUGGGAGCCCUGAAUAUUCCACCAGGAACUUCGGACACGGGCUCUCUGCCACUCAGUCUCCAGUCUGGAUUCUCUCCUUCCCUAAGCCAUCCUCCCACUGGACAAUACACACUCUUCUCUCCUUCACCCACCUUGCCCACCCCCAUGGUCCAGCUCCAACUCCCACUUCCUGACCCUUCUGCUAUCAUGCCCAAUCCUACCAGCCCUCUUCUAACUGCAGCCCACCCUCACUUCCAUAAUCUGUCUCAGGAGUAGUACGGUACUCAGGCACUGCCAACAUCAGCACUGUCUCCCAUGUGUAAUUCCCUUACCUGAAGGAGAGGCCCUGGAAGACAACUGCUGCCACACCAGAUUUCCUGCUUUCACCUGAAACCCAAAGCCCUAGUAAAGGCGGAUACAUGGGACAGAAAAAGGGAUCGUUUUUCACUGUAUAAAACUCAGAAGCUAUUUUUUUAAGCUAUCAAUAAUAUUCACCAGAGCAGCUAGUUAUCUUUGGUCUAUUUUUCUGCAUAAACCUACAACUUACGAAUUUGCUCUGUGUUCUUUUGCAUACGAUAAUUUCUCAAAGGCCUGGACUGGCCUGGCCUCUGAACAAAGGUAGAAACUAAUCUUAGGUCAGAAAACAAGAGAAAAACAAGCUUUGGUUUUCUACUCAGAAAUAAGGUUAGUCUCUUUACCCCUUUUUACCAUCUUCUCAAUGGGACUUUUAUCUCCUUUUCUUAGGAGAUCCUUACUCUUGAGAAAUGAAUGAGAAGUUGUCUCCCAGAAAGGCUGUCCCUACAUAAUAGACAAAACUGAGCCUGUAUAAAUAAAGAAUAAAUAAAUGAGAGCACCCAAAAGCUAACU